AUGGUCCUUUGCCUCAUCUCUGUGUACUUCAGAUAUUUGAGGAGCCUCAUGCCUGUGGAAAACACGACUGUGACCAGCAGGGAGCCGCACAAACAAUACACUGACGAUGAAACUCUUAACUUUGGGUCCAGAACAGAUGUUGAGACGUGUACACCAUGGAAAGCUCCAAUCAUCUGGGAAGGCAUAUUUGAUCCCCAAUUUUUUGACCGUCAGCACCAGUCUCAGCAGUCAUCUGUGGCCCUGACGGUGUUUGCUGUGGGCAGGUACUUGGAUACCUACCUGGAGACUUUCCUCGCCUCUGCAGAACAACAUUUUAUGGUGGCUUUACCUGUGACAUAUUACGUAUUCACAGACACACCAGAGAAGGUCACAGAACUGAAACUAGGUCCUCAGCGACACAUGAAGAUCAUCAAAGUGGAAAAGCACUCCAGGUGGCAGGACAUCUCUAUGAUGCGAAUGAAGACUAUAUCAGACUUCAUAGAUUCAGACAUUCAGCACAAUUCCACUUAUGUCUUCUGCUUUGAUGUGGAUCAAGAGUUCAAGGGCAGGUUUGGUUCAGAGGCUCUUGGUGAGUCUGUAGCUUUGUUGCACGCUUACUAUUACAAACUUCCAAAGGACAGAUUCACCUAUGACCGCAACCCCAAAUCCAAAGCCUUCAUGGAAACGGGAGAUUUCUACUAUCACGCUGCUGUCUUUGGAGGCACAUGGAAAAGUGUAAAGGAUUUGGUUGAUACCUGCUAUCUGAACAUCAUGGAGGACAAAAUAAACAAUGUAGAGGCUCUAUGGCAUGAUGAAAGUCAUCUAAACAAGUACUUUUGGCUUCACAAGCCAAGCAGAGUGCUCUCUCCUGAGUAUUGCUGGGACCAGGCAAUUCAAGAAGCAGAGGACAUACGUGUCACACGCUUAAUAUGGGCACCAAAAAAUUAUGACAAACUUCGUAGUCGUUAAUGCAUCCGAACGGACCACAAGGAGGAAUACGAUGCUGAGCUGAAUGAAACAUUUGUACAACU